UUUGCCAGUUUCCACAAGUCUCGAGGACAUCCACUUUUUUUUCUUUCUUAUUUUUCUCCAAUUUCCUUUCUCGGAACUAGCUCCUUGUUAACCUCAAAACCAUAUCCCAACAAUAUCUAUAACAAUUUUCCCACACCCACUGUGUUUUUUAUUUUUUUAUAGCAAAAAUUGAACUCUUUGAGCUUAAGGUGUGUGUGUGUGUGUGUGUGUGUGUGUGUAUAUAUAUUGCUCCUGAUCUUUAUCUAUCGAUCGAUCUCUUUAGUAGUAGUAGAAGAGAUGGAUAAACUAGCGAGUGUACAACAAAAAAAGGCAACCAAACAGGCCAAAGCCAAGAAAAAACCAGUGAAAGUUGUGUACAUCUCUAACCCCAUGAAGAUCAAGACUAGCGCUUCAGAAUUCAGAGCCUUGGUGCAAGAACUGACUGGCCAAGAUGCCGAUAUGCCCGACCCCACUAAGUAUUCGGAGAUCGACGGUGUUGAUCAUGACCGUCAAACGGUCCCUGAUCAUCAUGAUGCAACAUUGAAGGUUAGCGAUGAUGCACUAGAUGAUCAUGUCCUUACAGUGGACCCGACCGGUAAUGAAGUGCUUAAGAGGUCCGAUAAUAUUCCAUUUGGGCCGUAUGAUGAUUUUUUUACGCCUCAGAUGCUCGAGAAUUUCACUGGUACCUUAUUGCCAUCCAGCUUGCUCUAUGAAUCUGCUCAACUUGAUGUGAUCAGAGGCCUUGAUGCAAUGUAAAUUGGGUAAGCUUGCCUAGGCCUAAUUAAUUGUAUAUAUAUUAUGCUUUAAUUAUUAUGAUUAUAUGAUUAUAUGAUUAUAUAUAUA